GGCGUGCUUGGAUCCCAACGGUUUCGACAAGAUGGCUCCUUCGUUUGUGCAUCUCGCGCUGCUGACGCUCUUUACCAAUGGCAUCUAUGCCUACUCGACUAACUACACUUCGCAGCUGCUGUCCUCGGGGACCGUGAACCUCGGCGAGUGGCAGUCCGCUUAUGACGAGGCGAAGACGUUCGUUGAGGGCCUCACGACGGCUGAGAAGAUCUCGUUGAUCACCGGCUCCGAUGUUGGGAACUUCUCUGCCCUGAAUUUCAAGGAUUCCGGCGCUUCUAUUCUCGACUACUUUUAUGUCACGACAUGGCCCGUUGGUUCCGCCUUGGCCAUGACCUGGGACAAGAACUUGGCCUACACCCAGCACAAGGCGUUGGGCUCCGAGUUCCGCAACAAGGGACUGCAGGUCAUCAACGGACCUGUCAGCCAGCCCCUGGGAAGGACGCCUUGGGGUGGCCGUAACGCCGAAUCAUUCGGCCCCGAUUCGUACCUCAACGGUAUCUUCUUUGGUCAGGCUGUGCGGGCCAUGAAUGAUGCGGGCGUCAUCACUGGCGCAAAGCACUUCCUCCUGAACGAACAAGAGAAUAACCGCACCGUCUCGUCCGGUGGUGGAGGUGGCGGUAGCCCUCCCGAUGGCGGCAUGGGCGGCGGCCCCUCUUCCAACGGCACCUCUAUGAGCGGCGGCCCUUCCGGUGCCUCCAACAGUACUUCAAUGGGUGGCGGACCUGGUGGCGACAGUGACUCCUCUUCGUCUACUAGCCUUGCUUAUUCGAGUAACGCUGAUGACAAGACUAUCCACGAGACUUACCUGUGGCCUUUCUACGAUGGCGUCAAGCAGGGUCUUGGUGCGGUCAUGUGCGCACUUAACCGUGUCAACGAGACUUACUCAUGCGAGAACCAAGCACUCCUUGCAGGCCUCUUGAAGACCGAGCUUGGUUUCCCUGGUUUCGUGUUCGGCGACGUCGGAGGCCAGAAGACUGCGUUCGGCUCGGCGAACGCUGGCAUGGACUACGCCUCGUCAUCCACCUGGUCCAACUCUACUAUGAACGCAGGAUUGAACAACGGCAGCCUUACGGAGGCUCGCCUCAACGACAUGGCCAUCCGCAACGUCCUUCCCUCUUACAAGCUCAACCAGCAGGACGGCAGCUUCCCCUCCAAGGCCGAGGAGGAAGAUCUCCGGGACGCGCGCAAGAACCACCGCCAGCUCGCCAGACAAGUUGCUGCGUCCUCGCUCGCGGUGCUGAAGAACAACGGCGCCCUCCCGCUCAAGAGCCCGCGCUCGAUGGCCAUUUUCGGUGUCCACGCCGGCGCGCCGAUUGCCGGCCCUUCGCACGAGCUCGCCGUCACGGGCUCUGACGACGUGUACCAAGGCCACGCUGCCGACAUUGGAGGAAGCGGCACCGGCUCCUUCACUUAUCUCGUCACUCCGCACUACGCGCUUACGACCAGGGCCAUGGAUGACGGCACGCAGCUCCGCUGGAUCAUGAAUGACACGGGCUACAGCGCCUCGUCUUCUACCGGCGCCACGGGAAGCAUGGCCUCUUUCAGCACUGGCACUGGCGCUAGUCAGACUUAUGAAGGCUAUGCUGCGGACAUGGACGUUUGCCUCGUUUUCCUGAACGCGUACUCUGGCGAAGGAGCCGACCGCGGUCAGCUCUACGACGCUGACCAGGACAAGAUGGUCACCGAAGUCGCCUCGGAAUGCAACAACACCGUCGUAGUGAUCAACGCCAGCGGCCCGCGCCUCGUCGACCAAUGGAUCGAGAACGAGAACGUCACGGCGCUCGUCUACGGCGGCAUGCUAGGCCAAGAAUCCGGACACGCGAUCGUCGACGUGCUGUACGGCGACGUGAACCCGUCGGGCAAGCUCGCGUACACGAUCGCGAAGAACGAGAGCGACUACAACGUGGGGCUGUGCGACACGGCCGUGUGCACGUACAGCGAGGGCAACUACAUCGACUACAAGUACUUCGACAAGUACAACGUGACGCCGCGGUACGAGUUCGGGUUCGGGCUGAGCUACACGUCGUUCUCCUUCUCCGACAGCGUCACGAUUGAGAAGACGAACGCUUCUGCGCUCGCCAGCCCUUUCGCCACCGGCGCCAAGGGCAUCGGCGGCAAGGCCGACAUGUGGGACACGGUGGCCAAGGCGGCCGUCUCGGUCAAGAACACGGGCAAGGUCGCGGGUGCUGAGACGGCGCAGCUGUACCUGGGCUUCCCGGCCGCGGCGGGGCAGCCGGUGCGCCAGCUGCGCGGGUUCGAGAAGCUGAGGCUGGAGCCGGGCCGCGAGAAGGAGGUCGAGUUUGAGUUGCGCAGGCGCGAUUUGAGCGUUUGGGAUGUUGCGGCUCAGGAUUGGAAGAUCGUCAAGGGGACGUAUACGUUUUGGGUUGGGGCUAGUAGCCGCGAUUUGAAGGCGAGUGGGACGAUGGUUGUUUAAGAGGUGGUUGUGUGGUGGUUUGGAAGAUUAGGGAGGGCGUGUUUUGAUAUGUUGGGUUUCUUCAGUUGUGAAAAUCUUUUAGAGUAAUUAUUUAGAUCUCGCGUUGCUUAUGAGAAAAGAUUACGUCAGUGUUUAAGUGCUUUUGAUUGUGGUAUGUAGUGGGGAAUGACUAUU